AUGGCCGACAAAGAUCAAAACUCCGGAUCGGACUCUGAGCCGCACGAGCGCACGACCAUGCAGCAGGAGAAAGCCAUCAACAAGAAGAAGCAAGAGAAGCGGGAAGCCGGCCUGCAAUCCGCACGUUCACGGUCAUCCUCCCGUCGUGCCCGUCGCGAACGCCUCCAAAAAGCCCAAAGAGACGGCAAAUACAUGCACACGACAUCGCUCGAGGCCCUCGAGGAAGCCGACGCAAAUGGUGACCUUCAAAAGAUGGGCAUGUUUGAGCGCAUCGGGCCCGACAGUACGUCCAUGGACGGACCGGUUACACAUGCACGAGCAAUGAGGGGUGAGAUUCCCAUGCGUGGCACCGACCCAAACCAACCACACAUGAUGCCACCAAGUACAAUGGGAGGAGGCAGCGACCUCAAGGACCAGGACGGACUGAAGUUGACGCUCGAGGCGAAUCUGGAAAUCGAGAUCGAGCUGAAGGCGAGUAUUCGCGGCGAUCUCACUUUGAGCUUGUAUGAAUAG